AUGGCUAGGAAGCUAAGUAAGCCUUCACUACUGAAACAAUCAUUUUUCAAGGUCCUGCUUGGCGACUUCUAUCAGCAUCUGGAUGUAGAAGCAGCCAAGAGGAGAAAUGGUAAUCCUGUUUCCUCUGUAAAAGAUGAAAUUGUUGACAUUGAGACUGAAAACUACAACAAAGAAAGAACAAGUCGCAAGUAUGUCAUGUCUGGGAAGAGACCUGCAAAUGAUGUAGAAGAAACAUCAACUGGAUCCAUCUUGUUCGAAUCGGAGAAUUCAUGUUUUGUAAAAACUUUGACUAAAAAACUAUAUCCAGUAACAAUUCCAAAGGAACGAGCCAUAGCUGAAGGCCUUGUGAGGAAGAAGACUGUAAAGCUUCAAGAUCCAGCUGGGAGAUCAUGGAUUAAUAAAGGGUUAAAAGUUUAUAUGACAUGGCUGAACAAGGAUGAGAAAAACAGAGGCGCCCUAGCAAGCAAUCGUCGCCUGUUCUGCGUUUCCCCUGCCGAUAAAACUUACCCACAAAAGCUAGCUACACAGAAAACCCACGCCUAA